AUGUUUCGCAGUCUAAACAGACUCAAACCUGCUUUAGAAUUCCUUCCAAAUAAGGUUGACUUUGAAUUGCGCCCGCUUGGAAGGCUCAACAAAGAAGCUGGGAGCAAGAGAGUUCCACACGUCACUCAGUCCGUUGGUUCCAUCGGAAAUCACAGCUUGAAGUGGAUAUCUCAACCCCGCAAUAUCCUCCUCGUCAAGAAAUCACACAGUGAAAGCUCCUCAAAUGCAAUGCAUCACGUCAUAAACCAUAUCAGGUCAAAAUUUUCAGACACCAACAUUAUAGUAGAGGAUGGCGUGAGCCGUGAGCUAGCAGCUGUGCAUGGAAUACACGGUCUAUAUACAGCCUCUCAAGCCAACGAAUCUACCCUCCUCUCUAAAGUGGAUUUUGCCAUUACACUAGGAGGCGAUGGCACAGCUUUGCACACCGCUUCCCUCUUUCCAACUGGCCCCGUGCCUCCUGUGCUUUCCUUUAGCACUGGCACUCUCGGUUUCCUGCUUCCCUUCCAUGUGAACACAUACAAAAGCGCGAUCGACGAUGUUUUCAACUCGACCGUUUCCGUUAUAAAGCGCAUGAGGCUUAUGUGCACUCUUCACGACGCUUCCGGAAGGCUUAUUGAUGAUUUGGAUGUGUCGCAUGUCCUCAACGAAGUGGCGCUCCAUCGCGGGCGAUAUCCUCAUCUAGUGCAGAUUGAGAUAUACGUAGAUGGGAUGCCACUCACUGAAGCUGUAGCGGAUGGCUUGAUUGUCUCUACCCCCACUGGCUCAUCGGCCUACUCGCUAUCUGCGGGUGGUCCACUAGUUCAUCCCUGCGUACAGUCCAUUGUACUCACCCCUAUUUGCCCACGAAGCCUCAGCUUCAGACCUGUCAUUCUCCCGUCUGACUCGACAGUGCAGCUAAGGAUGUCCUCUAAAGCAAGAAGCAAACCGGAUGUAUCACUGGACGGACGCGAAGUGAUGCAACUUGAAAACGACAAUUAUAUCCAAAUAGCAAUGUCGCCUUUCCCUCUCCCGUCAAUCAAUAGAGCUGCUCAGUACGAUCCUGAGAGCAGAACCAGCACUCCUCGACUGCCUUCAGAAAAACAACUCGCGCAGAGCGCCUUGGACAGACUUGGGCGCGCACAGGAUGACUGGGUUAGGGAUAUAAAUGAUCUUCUGAAUUUCAACAGCCGCUUCGAAUCUAAAGGUCACGAAAUCUAUCACGGCGGGCAAGAUGACUAA